UCGCCUUUCGUCCACACCAGUUGGAUAAAAUUGAAAGAGACGGACGUACCGUGAAGACGCACUUGGCACUUUUACGGGAAAAAAGAAGAAAUAUUUAAGCGAGACGGAGACACGUACGAGUCGAUCGUUUAUUCCGCUGUGAUAAAUGAGUACCGGCUGUUUCACCGCGGCUCAGCGGAUUUCGUGCCACACCAUGAAUGCGGAUUUAUUUAAGCCUGCUCCGGAGCGUGGUGGACCCCAACAGACUUCUGCCCCGGCGAAAAACAGCAGGAAUAAACACGAUCAACCCAAACCGGAGCUGGCUCAGGUUGUGACGGAUCUCAAGACGGGGAGGUCCUACAUUAAAGGGAAGCUUUUGGGAAAGGGCGGCUUUGCUCGAUGCUAUGAGAUGACAGACCUGUCCAACAACAAAAUGUAUGCAGUGAAGGUGAUCCCACAGAGCAGGGUGUCCAAACCACACCAGAGAGACAAGAUUACGAACGAGAUCGAGCUGCACAGAACGCUGUCACACAAGCAUGUGGUGAAAUUCUCCCACUAUUUCGAGGACCAAGAAAACAUCUACAUCUUCCUCGAGCUGUGCAGUCGGAAGUCCCUGGCACACAUUUGGAAGGCGAGACACACACUCACAGAGCCUGAAGUGCGCUAUUACCUCAGACAGAUCAUAUCCGGCCUCAAGUACCUCCACAGCAGAGGAAUCCUGCACAGGGAUCUCAAACUAGGGAACUUUUUCAUCAAUGAGAACAUGGAGUUGCGGCUGGGAGACUUUGGCCUCGCUGCCAAGCUGGAGACAGUUGAACAAAGAAAAAAAACAAUCUGUGGGACUCCCAAUUACUUGGCUCCUGAGGUGCUCAACAGACAGGGCCACGGCACAGAGUCUGACGUGUGGUCCCUCGGAUGUGUCAUGUACACACUGAUGUGUGGAAACCCUCCUUUUGAGACGCUCGACUUGAAAGAGACGUACAAGUGUAUUAAAGAAGUUCGCUACAACCUGCCCUCCACGCUUUCCCCUGCUGCUCAGAAACUCAUCUCAGGCAUCCUGCAGAAGAAUCCCAGUGACAGACUCACGCUGGAUCAGAUCCUCAACCACGAAUUCUUCAAAGGUUUCACUCCUGACAAACUUCCCCCCAGCAGCUGUACAAUGGUGCCAGAGCUACACCCUCCCAGCCCUGCCAAGAAAUUCUUCACUAAAAUGGCCAAAAGCCUAUUUGGAAAGAAGAAAGCAAAAGUGGAAAAAAUUCCAUGCGAGGACAAAGAGGACAAGGAUAUUUCCAAGCUGGUGUCGGGCAUCGUUAAAUGUUCCAUCAACCGGCAGAUCAGCUACAAAACAGUGGGAAACAACGAGGUGACGUCUCCCACCGGUCAGCUGGUGAGCUCUGUGCCUCUGGAGCAGACUCCUGCUGAGGAGGAAUCCAGAAAGUCCAUUUCCCGGUCUUUUAAGGGCACCAUGGCCAGCAGCACUGAACCGUGUGAGGAUGUGCUGACCCCUGCAGCUGUUGCCGACUCUGCCCUGAAAGUUCUCACGAACUGCCUGGCCACCAUGCCUGCAGCCAAUAGGAAUCCACCCUGCCUGUCCAGUCCGCAGUCCUUCCUGUGGGUGACUAAAUGGGUUGACUACUCCAACAAGUAUGGCUUUGGCUACCAGCUCUCAAACCAAAACGUAGGCGUGCUCUUCAAUGAGGGAACACAUCUCAGUCUUUGUGACCAGCGCAAGACUGUCCACUACUGCUUGACCAACAACAAACACUUCAGCUUCCCUUCAAACUCUCUACCUGAGCAGCUGCGCAACCAGAAACAAAUAGUUGAACUAAUGGCUAACUACAUGGAGGAGAACCUAAUGGAGGGUGGAGAUCUGCAUUGUCAGGAACAUGUCUCAGCUCCUCCUCCUCUGCUCCUCCAGUGGGUGAAGACUGACCAUGCCCUUGUCAUGCUCUUCAAUAAUGAUACUCUACAGGUUAACUUCUACACAGACCACACCAAAAUCAUUCUGUGCAAGUCUUCUGACGACGCCUACCUGCUCACCUAUAUCAGUCGGGAACGUGCCUCGUGCACGUACCUCCUCAGCAUGUUGAAUGAAAUGGGCUGCACAUCUGAGCUACGGCACCGCCUUAGAUAUGUGGUCCAGCUUCUCCAGCACCACACUGAUGCCUGAGAGCACAGCUCAGUGCCUCCCAGGCUACCCGAGUGACAGAUGCCUUAGAGGCAACCUGACUGGUUGAUACAGUUUCUCAAGGCAUAGCCAAGCAAGGCAAUGUGUUCAUAUGCGUGACGGAUGAAAAGGAUGCUCAACGUCUCUGAGCAAUAUUCUUGUCUGGCUUAGUGCCUAGGCAGCUGAUUUAUCAAACUGACUGAUUUUGAUAAAUGUCAAGCAGUCAGGGAGUUGCCCAAAGCAGCAUCUGCCUCAAGGGGUUGUGCCUAUCCAGCUAAGCCUCAAAGGUAUCCACCUGGAAGCUAUUGAUACCUAAAAUAAAGACUCAUACAUGGCCUGAAAUGAUGGAUCCCUCAUCGGCAGAUUCCUACAAAACAAAAAAAGACAAAAAAAAACCAAAACAAAAAAACCCCACCCAGUUAUCUUCCCUCACUCAAACGCACUGCUUCUUGUCUUGGGCCUUUCAAACAUCCGCCAACCCUACAGCUUUCAGCCUCCCCUGAUAGCCCAUCACCCAGGCAUGGUAUCUUAAACAUUUCUCAACACUAAAAUUGUCCCUUUUGCUCAGAAUGGAGAUAAUCCUGCAGCAGAAAUGCUCAGAUUUCCAAAAGUAUUUUAGCAGCAAGGUCUUUUACACCGUUCUCUUGCACUCCAACUGAUCUUUCAGCAAAGAAGCUUUGUGAAGAGGUAUGGUUUGACUAGAGAGAAAGACCCCCCCUAAACCCUCAAUUGGUUCAUUGUCUUUUUCUUUUUUCUUUUUUUUGUGGAACCAUGGUGUACACUUUGUUUUCAAAUUUGUUUUAAAAAAUGGAAAGAGCCAGCUAUAGGAUCACACUACAAUCUUGACCUCACACGCACAAAUAUGCCUGGCCUUAUUUGAUGAUGGUGAUGCUUAAGUUUGGGAGUCAUUGCUUCUUCUGCUCCAACAUCAUUUUUUUUUUUCUUUUAAAUUGCAACCAAAUUUCACUGAUGUGGUGCAUAACAAACUACUGGGGCUGCAGGAGUAAACACAAUUUUGCACUUUCUUUUUUUUUUUUUUUUUUUUUUUU